CGCGGGAGCGGCGGGAGCGGCCAUGAAGCACACCCAGCUUGCACAGGUGUGUCAGGAGCAGCAGGUGAAAUCCUCCUCGGCUAACUAAACACCCUUAAAGCUGAAAACAACAGCAGAGAAGUUGGAAUGCAGGAUUUUGCUCCUUUGAGAUGCCCAUAAGGUAUGGAGAGGGACGAUACCGAUGGCAGCUUGUCCAUGGAAGUGGAGGCUGAAAUUGGGAAUGUUUUGAUUAAUUCUCAAUGGACGGAUUUUUUGGUUUAGCCUGUUUAAUUCGUGUGUUGUGUUGGUGCUUUUCAGCACUGUGCCGUUUCUUUUACAGAGCAACGUGGAGAGUCUAGACUCUGUAAUUCAAUUAUCAGUUAAUGACCUGAGGGCACAGAAGGAAUCCACAGGUGAUGUGGGUUAAGGAGAAAAUUAAUGCCCACGUAGCCCUGCCUUUCACCUUAAGUGGGUGGUUGGCAACAAGAUAAAAGAGAUUUUCUGUUUGAUACCAACAACUUCGGUGUGUCCAAAAUGGGUGAUGAAAAAUUCCUAAAAAUAUGUUUGGUGUUGACAGUGAUGUCUGAACAGUUGUUACAGUCUCUGGAAUAAAAUAAGUCAGAGAAGCAGGUGUUAAACUCUCAGGCGGGGCUGUGGUAUCAAAUGUCUCGUGUCCCUUUAAUCAUUGUGUGUCCUGCUGCUGCUGUGACCCCCUGAGGCCAUAGUUGUGUAAAAAAGGAAGUUGAAUUUUGACAGAUCCUUUUGGUUCGUUAUUUUAUUUUUCUGUUAUUUAAAUGUGGCUGCUUUGAAAUAUUUUAGGUAUAUAAUUAGUUCCUCAGUUUUGAAGAAGUGAUGAAUGAGAGGAAUGGUUGUGUUACAGUUUUCCCUUAAGUAUUUUUCAGAACUUCCAAGUUUUAAAACUCAGAGCUCUCCUGAGCUGUCAUUGGUAUUCAGGAUGUAUUUCUGGAAAGUUACUUCCUGUUGCCUAAUAAACCAGCAUAAUUAUGUUUUAUCCAGGGAAAGCUAAUAUGAAUGCAUUUCCACGGUGCUUAUAAUGGAGAAGUAUAAAACAAGCUUUAGUUUGAGGCUGGGAUGGGAGCUCCAGGCUGGAGGGAGCUGUGUGAGCUCCCUGGAGGUCAGGGAAGGGCUGCUGGAGUUCAUCCCCUGGAGGAAGCUGAGGAAGAUCUUCUGUGCCCGGGGUACCCAGGGCACGGAGGGUUCUUGCUUCACCAGGAUGAAUUCUGCUGUUGAAAUAUCCAUAAUGAUGAGUGGAUGUAACAGAUGAGAGGAUUUAAUUAUAAUGUAUAUUUGAUGUUGUAACUGAAGCUCUUGUUGUUACCUUUUGUGCUCUGUGGUUUGAAGGGAGAUGUUCUGGCCCAUCCCCAGUUAUUCUGGCAUUAAGUGCCCACAAAUGUCAGAGGACUGUGUUCAGUUCAGGGCAAAUGUGCAAAUUCACCUAGAAACUAGUGUAGUUACAGGAAUUAAAGCAGCACGUUACAGAGCUGAAGUGUGUGUUCUGGCUGGUUGGGGUUUUACAGCAAGAUUUAAACGUCUCAAAAGCAAUUAUUUUCUGUCUUGGUGCUUUGGAGAAAUGAAAAAGAGAACAGCUGUUAAAGGAAAAAACAUGAAAAAGUAAUUGUGUUUAAAGGACGUUGUACCCCUCAGUUUCCUUUCAGGGAGAACCUGAUGUGAUUCUGUUUGCCCCUCAUGUUUUUUCUAGCAGGUCUCAGGGAGCACCUGACAGUGAUUACACUUGUGACCUGCCCAACUUGGAGUCCAAAUUCCACCUUUAAGUAGAAUGUGAGCUUUUGAUAGAGAAUCAAUCCAGUGCUGAAGACUUCCAGGGAUAAAAAGUAGCACUUUGUUUAUGUGUUCAGAAUUUCCAAUGUUUUAAGAUUAUGUGACUCAAAACUGAAAUAAAAUCAGUAGAAAAUAAGUUUAUUUAGAUUUAUUUUAACUUUUAUUAGACAUUUGGUAAGGCAACAAAGCAAGGAGAGAUCUUGAAAAAUGUUCCCUUCUUAGUGAAACCAGACUGCAAUUACCUUCUAAUGAAGGUUGGUUUUCAAGUUUGAAAGGCAGGAAUGUUAUUUUAGAGAGAGUUUUGUUGUGAGUCAUGGGAGAGCUGGGUGAGCUGUGGAGCAGAUCCUGCAGGGACAGCUCUGCAUUCAUUAAUCAUGGGAAGUUGCUCUUGCUGCCUGUCACCGUUCGGGGUUUGGCCCUCACCUACAGUGGGCUGUCAGUCACUCCUUCCUUGCUCUGCUGUUGCAUCACUCCUCAAACUCCCGACUCUCUUGGUGGGAAUUCUCCAGGAGAGGAAUUGUGAGUGUAGCUCCCCUCGGAGGCAAAUCCUGCACAGCCCUGAGAUCCCGGGAUCUCCGAGCUCCGGGAGGCGGCACCCCGUGCUCCUGGGGUGUGACAGAUGGAGUGAAGCAGCUCCUCAGCAGCAAGUCCCAUCUGAUGUGGGUUUCCAGAUCCUGAUUUUCUGCCUUUGCUCUGUGAUGUUUUCAGGCGGGAGCUACUUCCAUGUGGGCUUCCUGCUGCGGGUUGCUGAAUGAAGUCAUGGGCACGGGGGCAGUGCGUGGCCAGCAGGCUGGCUUUGGGGGAGGUGCAGGCCCCUUCAGGUUUACACCAAGCACAGGCUUCUCAGCAUAUCCAGCUCCUGCUGCAGCCAGCACCAACAUCGUCUGCAAAGCCUGUGGACUUUCCUUCUCAGUUUUCAGGAAAAAACACGUGUGUUGUGACUGCAAAAAGGAUUUUUGCUCAGUUUGUUCAGUCCUACAAGAGAAUCUCAGAAGAUGCUCCACUUGUCACUUGCUGCAAGAAACGGCCUUCCAGCGCCCUCAGCUAAUGAGAUUGAAGGUGAAGGAUCUGCGUCAGUACCUGAUCCUCAGGAACAUCCCCACGGACACCUGCAGGGAGAAGGAAGACCUGGUGGAGCUGGUGCUGUGCCACCAUGGCCUGGGGGCAGAGGACAUGGACGCUGGCAGCCUGCGCUCCUCACGGUCACAGAGCUCGGGCUUUGCCCAUCCCUUCUCCACGUCUGUGUCCAUGUCAAACCCAGGAGAACUUGCCAACAGAAGGGGAAGCACGGGAAGUGGAACACCUUCACGGGGACAAACUGAAACAUCUGUAAAUAAUGAAGAAGAAGAAAGUGCAGAAGAGCAGACCCCGGGGCUGGCCAGGAAGAGAGCGAGGGCCUCCCUGUCCGACAUUUCCAGUCUGGAAGACAUCGAAGGGUUGAGUGUUCGGCAGCUGAAGGAAAUCCUCGCCUGCAAUUUUGUCAACUACUCAGGAUGCUGUGAAAAAUGGGAACUUGUGGAAAAAGUGAGCAGGCUAUACAGAGAGAGUGAGGAGAACCACAAGACACAGGGGGAGAGGAUGCAGCUGAACGAGGACGACGACAGCCUGUGCCGGAUCUGCAUGGACGCCGUGAUCGACUGCGUGCUGCUGGAGUGCGGCCACAUGGUCACCUGCACCAAGUGCGGCAAGAGGAUGAGCGAGUGCCCCAUCUGCCGCCAGUAUGUCGUGCGGGCCGUGCACGUCUUCAAAUCCUAACCCAGCCCUGCCCCAGUGCCCCGGGCGGGAUUCCUGUGGGCGGGAUUCCUGUGGCCAGGAGUGCUGGGUCCUGGGGCACGCAGCAGCGUUGUCGUUUUGGUUAAACUCGGCCUUUUCAACGUCAAGAUGCAGAAGUUGGUGGAAGGUUUUUCAAGCAGCUCCUGCAGCGCAGGGCUGGGCAGGCCCAGGUGCUGCCCCACUGACCUUACAGCCCCACAGAUUGUUGGAGUCAAACUGUUUACAGCAGUUCUUGCUCUCUUCUGAAGAAUCUCACCUGUCCUUACGCAUUCAGCACUCGGCAAGUGGUCAGCAAACACCUCUGCUUGAGCCCGUUAGCCUGCGGUGUUCUCUAGUGCAUUAGAAGCAAUGACUAUCUCAGUUGAUUAUUCAGCUUUUCCCUAAUGAUGGAAUGUAUCUGUCCCCACAGCCUGGCCGCAGUGCUGGUGUCGGACAGGGCUUAGGAAGCACUGCCAUGAACUGUUCCCGCACAGAAGCCCUUAAGCAAUCUUGCUUUAUGCCGAUUGCUCCCUCUGAAUGUCUGUCAUGACACAUGUGCUGUCUUGGCUGUUCUCUGUCAGUGUACAAAACACUCCAUCACUCUGCAGGGCUCAGGGGCUGCACUGGGCUCUGCCUCGUGGGCUCCAAAAACCAGUUCCUAAGUGGUUUUUAGUUUAGGAAUAAACUAUUUUUUUAAGAAGGGGUACUAUAGUAAACCAUGUUAGCGUGGUCCUUAAUCCGCUCAUGCCUGUUGUAACUAUUAAUCUGUGAUGAUUGUACUCCAUGUGCCGACAGCCUGAUGUUACUGUGAGUCCUGAUCAGGGGCACCACCUCCUUGCUGCUAACGUGGAAUGUACGGUGUUACUAACCUUAACCGGGGAGGGAGGGGGCAGGAGCAGUUUUUGGUUUUGGUUAAAAUGUCCUGUUCACAGACUUUCACCCAAAGCAGCUUCCAGGGGCUGCUGAGGGCCCUGUAUUGCUGCCAGCCCUUGGCCCAGGGUCAGGCUCCAGGUCCACCGGAGCAGGAAUUUUGAGGGUCCCUGCAGGAUGUGUGUGAGCAGUGACCUGGGGACGGGAGCAGCAAGAGGAGCUCGUGCUGGGGGUGAGAACAGGGUGCCUGUGACCAAGCAUGGGAUUGGUGAAGCUCACUGUAAAAAAAGAGGUGAGGAAGAACCAUGUGUGUCCAGUUAUUCUUUAAGCUGAGUUGGUUAAAAAAUGUAUAGUUUCUCCUUUGGUUUCCCAUGUGGCAGCAAAGUUCCAGAGCCAAGGCUGUGCCUGGCUGAGGGUGCAGGACUGGAGAACUGGACCUGUGCUGCACUGGCACCUGCUCUUAUUUUUGUGACUCCUUAAGCUGGCUUGGAAGAGAUAAAGCAGCUCCUCCUCACACAGCACACAGCUCCACGCUCUACUGGGCAUUUUUCAGAAGGGAGCAAACCUCUCAAUGGCUUUAUUUUUUAGAAGUAACUUUUUAAAGGUACUUAAUUCCUGGAGUCUGUCCAGAGGGGAGGCUAAUGAAGAAAGACAUGCCCUCGGUGUUAUUUCCAUGCUGCUCAUUAGCCACUCGAACUCAAUAAAGAUGGGUGAUGGGCUCUCUCA